CAGUAGCUAUGGCCGCCUCCAGUCUCAAUGUGGUGCGUGUCAGGUUGUAUUUUGAUUAUCCAUCACCGGCUGUGCCUACCUGUCGUAUGUGUUGGUUGCUUGUAGAUCUGAACAAAUGCCGAGUUGUCGGAGAUUUGGUCAGCGUCAUCAGAGAGAAGUUUGAAUACAGUCGCAAGACUUGCUUAGACCUUUUCAUUGAGGACUGCUAUCUUCCACCAUCUGAAAGCAUCUACGUCGUGCGGGAUAAUGACAGCAUAAGGGUAAAAGCUGAAAGUCCACCCCAUCUGAAUGGCGCAGAGCCUGACGCGUCCAAGACCCGAGAAAAGAAAAGACGGAGGGAGCACGUAGAAGUCGCAGCAGUAGACGAGCAGCCAUGCACCACAGCCAAGAAGAGAAGACACACCGAGGAGGAGACGCAGCCAGAGGUUCAGACAGAUGCUGUAGUGAAAAAUAAGAAAAAGAAGAAGGACAAGAAAAAGAAGAGGAAGGAGGAGCAGGCCAGUGCCAGUGGAGGACAGAAAGAGACGGUCAAAUCAGCCUCUGGAGCUGCUGCAGUGUCAAAACCUCAGACAGAUAAAUCUAGCAAGAGAGCCACCACUGCAGUAAAUGGCAAGCCCACUGGCAAGAAAGCCCAGGAGACAUCUUCAGACUCCAGCGAGAGCAGUGAUGAAGGGUCUCCAAAGAGACAUGUUCAGCCCAAACCACACAGACAGACGGCUGCCGCUGGCAGUGCAGGCACGGGGAGUAAGCCUGGUGGUGCUGCAGCCAAGCGCAAAGACAGCUCCUCAUCCUCCUCCUCAGACUCUGACUCAGUCCAGAAGCGUCCCCCCAAAAAGGCGACACCUGUCAAAUCCCUCCCUGCUUCCAAGCCCUCUGCUGUACCCUCCACCAAGCCUGGCCUGCAAAACGCUACUGCUGCUGUAAACGCAAAACCCAAGCCCAAGCCCCCACCCAAUAAAGCAGCACAGAGUUCCUCGUCGGACUCGUCUGACUCCUCCACCAGUGCAGAGAGGCCUCCAGCAAAACGCACGCCAGCGAUGAUCCCCCCGCCUGCCUCCUCGGCCGUCCCCAAAACUGCAGCUCCCUCUGGGGGAAGCUCCAAGAAGCCGCAGGCUAAAGCAGCGGAGACCUCCUCCGAUUCCUCAGACUCUUCCUCAAGGUCGGAGAAGGCCCCAAAGGCCCAAAAGCCCUCCCCCUUCACCAACCCCAAAGCCCCGUCAUCCGCACCGGCCUCCCUCCUCAAAACCCCUUCGUCUGCCCCCUCAGUCAACGCACAGCCAGCGGCCAAACAGGCCAACCGCGCCUCAUCCUCGGACAGUAGCGAGGAAGAGAUUGAGCUGGUCAUCAGGAAACCGGCGCUGAACGGCAUGGGCCUGAACAUCGCAGGGGUGGUCGCCUCCAGUCCCAUCGUGAGCGCAGCCAGGGGCAGACCAGGGAGUGGGGAGGGGAGGUUCGCCCGGAAGAGCAGAGGUGGGAGUGGGGGGGUUGGACGUGGGAACGGGACGCCCUAUAGUAAAGGCUUCCGGUACGACUACCAGGAUGAGGACUGGAAGAAGAGCAGGUUUUCAGACUCGCUGGUCAACACUAGUCUGUUCGUGCAGAACCCCCCUGAGGCGCCGCCACCCCCACCACCCCAACGUGAAUACAGCACCUUCCCACUCCUGGCUGCUCCUCCACCGGUUGGUCAGAAGAUCGCCUUCAAGCUACUGGAGCUGACUGAGAAUUACUCCCCUGAGGUGUCGGAUUACAAGGAAGGGAAGAUCACUGGAUUUAAUGUCACUACCAACAUGUUAGAGCUGCAACUACUCUCAAGACCAAAAGUUCCGACAGAACCGGGCAAGUUUGAUCUGGUGUAUGAGAACGCAGAUGGUUCUGAGGUGGUGGAGUAUGCUGUGACCCACGGAUCCCAGUUGACCGAGCGCUGGGAUGCAUUGCUGGAGCCGAGGCUUAUUGUGGAGAAUGUGGGAUGAGAGUCCUCUCACCAAAUUGAACGAGUCACACAUCUUUGCUUUCAACUUUUAAAUAAUGUAAUUUUUUGACCAAUGUUGAAUAGAAAUGUUUUCUUUGAAUUGGAGGUUUUAAUGUUUUCUAUGUUGAUGUUGUUCAGACCAAAUAAAUAUUCUUUUUUUA